GUUGGGAUCUAAACCGGCCAAUAGUCGAGGACUUGUAAGUACGUCUUUAAGGAGGAUGUCUUCUCAAUUCUAUCACAAGGAUACUCCGAUGGAGGUCAAGGAUGCCAAGGGCUUGCAUCUCCUUACAACUUCAACUCCAAAUGGCAAGAAAGUUCAAAUCAUGCUUGAGGAAUUGAAGGAAACUUACGGGACUGAAUAUACCCACACUCUCAUCUCUAUCCCAAACAACACACAGAAAGAAGAUUGGUUCCUCCGUCUGAACCCAAAUGGAAGAAUUCCAAUCCUUGUUGAUAAUACAAAAUCUCCACCAUUUCCAGUCAUGGAAACUUCAGCCGUAAUGCUGUACCUUCUCAAAGAGUUUGAUCAGAAGGAUACAUUUGGAUUCAAAGAUGAGCUUGAGAGGAACCAGUGUCUUCAGUGGUUAUUCUUUUGGCAUGGCAGUGGUCAACCAAUUGAAGGUCAGCUAAACUGGUUUGGAAAACUUGCUUCCCAAAAGGAUCAAUUUGCUAUUGAUCGUUUCAAGAAAGAAACGCUGCGCAUCUUCGGAGUCCUCGAGCUUCAGUUGUCUGGAAAAUAUACUGAUGAAGAAAGGGAUUAUCUCUCUGGUCGUGGGCGAGGAAAAUAUUCAGUAGCGGAUAUUGCGGCAUGGCCUUGGGUCUCAGGAUACAACUUCUCGGGACAAAUCAGUGAGGAUGACAUGAAGGAGUUUCCACAUCUACUAAUGUGGAUAGAAAGGAUUGGAGAGCGUUCCGCAGUCAAGAAAGGGAUUGCCAAGUCCUGGGAAAAUUGGUAAAAACAGGGCAAACAAACAACCAGUGUUGAAGGCCACUGAUCUCACCUGAUUUUGUGACUCAAGAC